CAUUAGGGAGUAAACCCGGCUCUUAUCCAUUACAUGAGUUUUUUUCCCGUAUGCGAUCCCUCCCUGCAAGGAAUAUCCUGUUGAAAGAAAAAAAUUAAUGUCGCUUCCAGAUCGCAUAUCAAUUCACAUGCAAGCAGGACCUACAGUGUAAAUUCGAAUCGAUGACGUCGUACCUGUUUACGAUCAUAGUUUCGGUGAAGGUGUAUACGUUCGUUGUGAACAUUCGCAAAGUACGUCCCGCCGCACACCUUCGCUUAUGUAAUUUGAUAACAUUAAUUUAUAAUAACAAUAACAGCAAUUUUCGACUUGGAAAUUUUCCGGUUGGAGAAAUAUCAAAUGGACGCUUUUCCUUGGAACUGCGUGGAAAAGUCUGUCUUUUUCGCGUGUUAAUACGAGUGUUGGUUAGAAAAUCAAAAAAUGGAAGAUGUACCAUUAACGGAUAUUUCGCCAGGUUAGAGAAAUGACGGAGCAUUUAUUCGCCGACUGGAAACUGCUGAAAAGUGUUCAGGAGUACGAAAUCAUGAAGUCGUACGCCGAAAAUUGCAGACAAUUCUCUUUGAUAUAUCCGAUAUACUGCUUUGUAGGUCUGUGUAUAUUCUUCUCGAUGUCGUUUAUACCGCAAACACUCGACAUUGUUUUACCUCUCAACGAGUGCCGUCCUAUGCUACUGCAAUAUCCAGGCUAUUAUUUCGUAGAUUAUAAGGAAUAUUUUAUAUACAUUUUCUGUCAUUCUUUCGUGGCGUUUCCAAUAGUCCAGGUCGGACUAUUCGCACACAAUUGCAUGUUCUUGUCUUACGUGGAACACGUUUGCAGCAUAUUCGCCGUGCUCGGGUAAACGGAUUUUAAUCUUAACUAACUCACCACGCUAAAUACAAGCACAUUGAGAUAUAUUUAGUAAGAAGAGGUACGUUGGACUCUUUCUUCAUUUUUUAUCUUGAUAAUAACAAAACACCAUAUAUGUCAUAGUUUGAAAUACUAACUGCCAUUGUUAUCUUUCGCGUUUCGCUACCUUCUUCAGGCAAUUAUUCGAUUCUACGUCUGCAAAUUGAUGUAUCUUUUGAUCUAUUAAAUCAUUGACGAUCCGACGAAGUCUUAAAAACGCUUAAUAUAUUGAAAGUGUGACUCUUCAUUUUAUGUUCAAAGAGCAAGCGCAAUUAUGCACGGAUCGUUUGCAGAUAUCGUCUCGAAUGUUUAUUUUGUAAUCAGGACAAGGCAAUGGAGGACACAAAGAUUGAUUUGAAUAGUAUGUAUCGUAAGAAGUAUCGAUUCUAUGUUUGCAAAUUGAUGUAUCUUUUGAUCAAUUAAAUCAUUGAC